CAUUUUCAUUCGUGUUGAAGUGCUCGAGGACGCCGGUCACGACUUUUACGUGUUCUCGAUUUUAGUGAUUUUUCUUGAAGUAAUUGGUGAAGAUUCUGUUCAGUAGUGUAGUAGAAAAUGGUGCGUGGAAAACAAGCUGAACCGGCCGAAAAGAAGGUCACUCCCCCCAAGAAGGCUGCGGCGGUAAAGGCUACCCCAGCCAAAGCUGCUCCGACCAAAACGGAAGAAUCCGAAGAUGUGCCCGUAGAGGAAGUUCCUGCUGAUGGAGAAGCCGUUGCCGAAGGCGAGGAGCAAGCAGAGGGUGAAGGUGGUGAGGAGCACGCUGAAGGUGAAGGGGGCGAGGAACAUGCUGAAGGUGAGGAGCAAGAAGGCGCCGCUGAAGAUGGUGAGGGUACCAAGGCCGACAAGGAGCCUCUAACGGAGGAAUGCUUAGCUUACAUCGCGGAAUUACUGACGACUAAGAUCAAGCUAAAGGAUGAUACUGAAACCGCCGUUUUCUCCUAUGGCCCACCGAAGGUUGGCGUUGACAAUCCUUACCGUUCCGUUGUUUGCCAUUUGUGUCGUGUUGCAAAUUUGCAAACGCCAGCUGGCAUCAAGGCUCACUUGCAAGGAAAACGCCAUGCAGAGUAUCUGAAGAAAAGUACUUUGAAGGCGGAGCGCUUUAAGAAGCCAUAUCUCAUGUUUUAUACUCGUGAUGGCGACAAAGUGAAGCAGUUUAAGAUUUUCCCGGGCGAGAACAUCGAGACUGUGACUCCUGAGCUCGAAGAUCGUAUUGUUGACAAGGUUGAUUGGGAAUUCAAGAAAAUUGAAGACGAGAAGUUGCUGAAAGCUUUAAGUGAGGAUCCUGUUUAUGAAUAUAAUAAGACGAAACCAGUGAUCGGGUUAGAUUAUCUGCUGAAAAUGAAGCACAGAGGAAAAUUCCGCCGUUUCUGUGUGCUUUGUGAGACAUUCUUGCCUCAUGACACGUACAGCCAUGUGGUUGACAUUAAACAUCAAGCCACCUACAUUAUCAAACAUUUCCCCAAGUUGUAUGAAAAGGUAGUUGCUGGUCUUACUAUGACCAACAGUCAGCAGAAGGAGAAUUGUUUGCGUAACAUCUUCCGCAAACUCUACCGCAAGAUUGAAAUCAAGCAUGGAUUCAAGAAAAUGAUCCCCGUCGAUGCUGUCGAGUUCUUCGGUCUGCGCGCUCGUUAUAUCAACAAAGUCCGUAGGAUGCCACACUAUAGCGAAGAAACGUUGCAGUUCACCGAUGCCGAAGUGAAUAUCCUGAUCAAAAAGAGUAACAACAAUAUCUCGUUCAAUGAACCCGACCCACCGUCCCUAAAUGCAAAGGGCAAUGUUCCAGAGCAGCGUAAACGUGGCGCGGCCGAUGCACUUCAAUCAGCCCAACCGACGAAGAUACGCCGUGUUGGAGAUGGUGACCUCUUGCAAGUGUGGCGCAAGUACAAAACCAUUAAGGAUAAGAGGAUUGAUCGCCUCAAGUUGCAAUACAAGAAGUAUGAGAAAGACCCAAAACUUCAUCCCAGCUAUCAAAAGGAAUGGAGCCAAUUCUGGCACCGCAGAUGCGGGGAGCUGAAGAAAGCCAAUAUCAAUCCCGACACGUACAAUUUCGAUAAAGAGUGGCUUCCCCACUGGGAGAAACGCCUUCGCAGGCUCUUCAGUAAGGACGUCACUGAUCGUAAGACACAUUUGCGUAAGCGAUUUGGUCUGCCCGCCCGCACGAAUACUCCGACGAGAAUGCUUCGGACGGGCCCCUUGAACCCCAUGGGCAAUGUGCAACAGCCGAUGAUGGGGCAGGGGCCUAUGAGGGGCAACCUUGGCAAUUUCGGUCUUCCAAAUCUAGCCAACAUGGAUAACUUCGUACCGCCAUUCAACAAUAACCCACAGAAUUCCAAUAAUUAUGGAAGGGGUGGUGUUGGUGGUGGUGCCGGUGUUGGCGGAGGAUCGGGUCGGGGAGGUCCCCGCAAUGAUGGUAACCGUCAAAGGCAGGGCAAUAGAAACGUGCAGCCGCAGCAACAACAGCAGAAACGAGCACCGCAGCAGCAGCGUCAGCAACCACAGCAGGCACAACCGCAACAGCAACGCCUGGCCAAAAAGAUUUACUCUGAACCCGCGAGCGUUGUCUCAUGUCUAAGACUUUUGACUGCUCUCGAGGAUCAAUUGGGUAGCUUAGGACCAAAGUGCGUUCAGCUUUUAGGCAAAGCUAUACUUUGCAAUGAGAACGAAAAAAAAGGUUUGCUAGCGGAUAGCGAACUGUAUAUCCUUUUCGCAACGGCCAAAGAAAAGCUCAAGGGCAAAAUCUUGGCAAAUGUUAUUGAAGAUUCGAAAAUGGCAGGCGUUAACCGUGCUAUCGAAGAUUUAACGACAAUCAUCAGAAAAAUGGACAAAGAGAAACGUAGCCGAGGUGGCGUCAACAACCAGAAUGCCAACAGUGGUGGUGGUAAUUCUUACGGAGGAGAUAACUAUGCCCGGAAUAAUAUGGGUGGCGGUAACAACGACAGAUACACUGGUAAUGGCAACAAUGACAACUACAGAGGUGGUGGUGGUAUGAAUAACGAUGGAAAUUUCCGAAAUGAUGGUGGAAAUUUCGGUGGCAACGAUAACUACCGCUCGAACAAUGAUCUGUUCGGGUCAGGCGGCGGUGGUUAUGGCAACGGCAAUGCCAACAAUCGUAUGAACUCCUCUUCCAACUACGAUGGUGGCAAUUUUGGCGGUAACUAUCGCAAUUUGAACGAUAAUGGAAACUUCUCCAAUGCCAACAGCAAUAUGGGCGCUGGAAACUAUCGUUCAAACAACGAUGACCUGGGAAAUUUCCGUGGCGGAAGUGGUGGUAACUUUAACGAUGGCGGAAACUACCGUUCCAACGGCAAUUUCGGUAGUUCCAAUAACAACAGUGCCCUGUCAGGCUACCGCGGUGGCAACGACAAUAGCGGCAGUGGUUCGUAUGGCAAUAAUGCCAGCGGCUUGUCUUCGUCUUUUUCGUCCAAUACGAACCAAUACCGUAGUGGCGGAAAUUUCGGCAACAAUGACAAUUAUAAUGCGAAGCCAAGCAAUAACUAUGGCAGCGGCGGAGGUACCAACAACAGUUCCUCAGCACAGAGGGGUAACUGGAUGGGAGGUAGCGGCAAUGUUUACUCGAACCAGAGCAAAACAAACACCAGCGCAACACCUCUUUUCUCCACCGGCCUGGGCGGCGGCUUGAGUAACCAGUCCAAAUCGUUCUCCUCGUUCAGUAGUAACAACAGAAAUUCCUCCUCCAACUUUGGUAGCGUUGGUGGCGGAGGCAACAACUACCGCAGGUACAACUAAAUCUCAUGUGCGCAAAAAGUCAUCUUGAAGAUGCACAAGUUUCUCCAUUCCCCACGUGAUCAAGCAGUAAGUGGAGCUUGUGAUCGCAAGCUUCACAUUUCCCAGAUUCUGUCCCAUCAUUGAAUUAAUAGUCGAGUAGAUUGUCAGAUUGUAUUGAUGAUGUUAUUAUCGCUAAAGAACAAAUUCCAGAUUAAUGUGUGUAGAUUUAGAGUAGUUUUAAACGCAAGCGCUCUCUUGUGCGUGGGCGCGAAAGAAGGAAGAACAUUUCAUUUUGAGAUUGUAUUAACGUACGUUAGGGGUAUUUCAUGUAGAAGAUGGAGAUCGGAGGCGUGGGCAGGGCUUCUCCGGCGGCAAAUAUAGCAAGUCAGGGGAUGAUCUGAACCUCCAGCUACCUUUCCUUCGAUCGUACUUUUAAGCAUCUUAACUAACCAACCAAACAUUUUACUGAGUAUAGAUGGCUAUGUGUCACGUGCAUAGAAUUAUGGUAAGACUAUGAAUAAGGCUUGAUUUCUGUCAGAAUUAUACCAAUAUUAUCUACUUACAAAUAAAAAUCGUAAUUAAUUACAGGAA